AUGAACUUGAGCUCGGCAAUUCACUAUAAAUCUCAAAUUCUUAACCCUCGGUCUCCAUCCGAUAUCCUCGUUAGAACAUCUAAAGGAGCGAUACUGGGGAAACAUGUCAACCUUGGUAAUGAUCAAGAACAGCUCUAUUAUGGUGAAGCGGACAUCUUUCUUGGAGUACCAUAUGCCAAACCACCUGUUGGUGAAUUGAGGUUUAAGAAACCAGAGGAAGUGGAUACUUUCAAUGGGGUUUGGGAUGCCACCAAGUUCGCUCCCAGAUGUUUAGAACUGAACAUGAGCGAAGACUGCCUCUACCUGAAUAUUUUUACCCGACAAGCGUCGAAUGCAAGAAGCAAUCCUGUGAUGGUUUUUAUCAACGGUGGUAAUUCGUUUACAACAGGCGGAAGCAAUCCAAAACACAUUAAAGGAACGAUUAGGAACUUUGUGAUGAAAGACAUUGUUGUAGUUACUAUUCAGUAUCGACUUGGUGCUUUAGGUUUUUUCACUACACACAGCGACGAAUUUCCACCCAACCUUGGAAUGUUAGAUCAAGUGAAAGCACUUGAAUGGAUCAAAAAAGAGAUAUCACAUUUUGGUGGCAAUCCUGAUGAGAUAACGCUAUGUGGGCAAAGCAACGGAGCAUGUAGUGUUAGUGCACACACUUUGUCUCCUGUUUCACAGAGACUGUUCAAAAGAGCAAUUCUCCAAAGCGGAAGUAUUCAAGGUUCACCACAGAUCAUUCCACCCAAAACCCCCCUGCGAAUGACAGUAAUACAAGUCCAAAUAAAUCUGCAAAAAUGUUUCUUCCUUCAAACAAAGAGCAGAUUGCUUCAGGCCUGCAAUAUGACAGCAGAAGAAUGGCGAAAAGGACAAAUUCAAAAGCUUCAGUCAUGCCUUCACAACCUCACAUUUGACGUAUACUUGAAAGUAGAUGGGACUCGUACGAGUGCCUGGAUGAUAGUGCAAGACAAUUAUUUCAUGCCUGACACAGUAGAAAAUUUAGCAAAAAAGCGUCCGAAUAUACCAAUUAUCAUAGGAACUGUCCAGGAUGAAGAUGCUAGCUAUGGUAGCUACCUCCUUAGACAAAACUCCAAAAACUUUUUAAUUUUACAAAGAAAAAAUAUAAAAGGAGAUACUCUCCCUACAGCUGUAGCACAGAUCUCACAAAUUUCUCAAACACAGAACUUCCCUGGUCACUUCCAACAGCAUUACGUUAUCCAGUUAAACUUCCCAUGUCAACUUGACCCUCCUUGUAAAUUUAAUGCAGACAACACACCGAUAGGUGGUCAGGUAGACAGAAUUCAAAACAGUCCUGCAGUACCAGUAAUUCAGAGCCAAAAUCAGCCGCCCCAACAUAACGAUUAUGCACCCGCUAAUCCAAAUGUUUAUUAUAAUAGCAAUCAGAAUCACGGACAACCUAACACGAUCCCCAUUUCCAGUUACCUGCAAGACUAUAGCCCAGAAAAUCCUGCGCUUAUUCCAAACAGUGGAAGAAACGACGGUGUAUUUCUAACUCCAAAUACUCGACAAAUAGGACCCCCUCCAGUCCAGUCCUACCAGAAUGCAAGAAUUCCACAAAACGUCGACAGAAAUUCAGUAAUUGAUAGCCUGAAAACCAUCACGCAAGUGAGUGAUUUUCAAAUGGAAACAACAAUGUUCGUGUUACAGUUCCAUGAAAUUUUUGACCUCUGCGACCUUUUAGCUGUUUACCAAGGUGUCGAUGUUCUAUUUUUAUGGAUGGACGAAGAUGCUUGGUCAGACCCGACUAAAGUUACUUCCAAAGAUAUCGAAGUGGCUAACGACCUCAGCAACAAAUGGGCUGAAUUUGUGAAAACAGGAGUUGUGUCUAACUGGCAGCCUACUACGCAACAACAGUAUCAGUAUUGCCGUUUAAAUAACAACCCACAAAUGCAAGACAACUAUGGCGAAAAGGCACGACAAGUAUUUAAGCAAUUUACAUCACGAUCAGCAAAUUCGCCGGUAAACUCUCCAUAUGGCCAACGUAUGAAACAGUUAUAA